AUGCCUAAACAGGCAACGCUUUCACGUCAAGAGGUCGAGGAACAAUACAAAGAACUACUCGACGAAGCUAUGGCAUUCGGAAUCGAUCAACAACCCCUCCGUCGGGCAAUCUCCAAAGUGACAGAGAACGAAGUGAAGGUCUUGUCCAGAGAUAACAAGAUUAAAUUAUACAACUUUGGGCGAUGUCACGAUGGUCCUCUGCUCGUAUGGUCUGGUGGGUCAACGUGGGGACGACCGCACGGAAUGGGAGGUUCUCACUACUCACCAAACAAACCGGAAGAAGAUGCGUGGGGAGAUGCAAUCAGCAUUCACACCGGCGCAACCAUACCACACAGUGGUGAUCGAGUUCAUUACAUUCCUACCUGCAGAAGCGCAGAACAGAUCAUUCUGGGGUUUGACCGACAGUACGGUUAUGUUCGAUUCACUGAUGAUCGUGACGUGUAA